CCCGAGCGCUGCCGGAGGGCGCUCCGGGAGAGGCGGCCGCUGAUGUAAGCCCGGCGGGCCGCUGGGCUCCGCUUGGCUGCGGCGGGAGUCCCCAGGACCCGCCCGCCGGGCUCAGCUAGAGGAGGCGAGGCGGGAUCGCGGGUGGCCGGCUGCAGAGCCGGGGCGGCCACACACACUGACAGCCCCAGCCGCCCGCCGGACGCACUCCCGGGAGCCGCGCGGGCAGUGCGCUCUCGCUCCGGAGCGGUUCCCGGAGCGCGGCGGCCGCAGCGCCGCUGCUGCCCGCGCCCAUUGUUCCCCGCGGGGGCGGGGCGCCUGGAGCCGGGCCGCGCGCCGCGCCCCUGAUCGCGGGAGGGAGGGAAGAAAGGGAGGGAGCGUGGGGUCCCCGCGCCCAAGCCGGGCCGGAGAGGAGGCGCAGCGCGGCGAACCCGGGGACCCGCGGCCGGACUAGGAGCCUCCCCUCGGCGCGCAGCCGGCGCGAUCAUGGGCUCUUGAGGCGGCCCCGGGUCGGCGGCGAAGGACGCGUCCCCACUGGCCGGCGCACCUGGAGCGGGUCCCCGGUGCCACACCCGCACCACUGCCCCCGGCCCAGCCCCUGGCACCAUGGACAAGCUCCCGCCGUCCAUGCGCAAGCGGCUUUACAGCCUCCCGCAGCAGGUGGGGGCCAAGGCGUGGAUCAUGGACGAGGAAGAGGAUGGCGAGGAGGAGGGGGCCGGGGGCCGCCAAGACCCGAGCCGCAGGAGCAUCCGGCUGCGCCCACUGCCCUCGCCUUCACCCUCGGCGGCGGCGGCCGGCUGCGCGGAGUCCCGGGGUGCGGCCCUCGGGGCGGCAGACAGCGAGGGGCCGGGCCGCAGCGCCGGCAAGUCCAGCACCAACGGUGACUGCAGGCGCUUCCGCGGGAGCCUGGCCUCGCUGGGCAGCCGGGGCGGCGGCAGCGGUGGAGCAGGGAGCGGCAGCAGUCACGGGCACCUGCAUGACUCCGCGGAGGAGCGGCGGCUCAUCGCCGCCGAGGGCGACGCGUCCCCCGGCGAGGACAGGACGCCCCCGGGCCUGGCGGCCGAGCCCGAGCGCCCUGGCGCCGCGGCACAGCCCGCAGCCUCGCCGCCGCCCCAGCAGCAGCCGCAGCCGGCCUCCACCUCCUGCGAGCAGCCCUCGGCGGACACCGCUAUCAAAGUGGAAGGAGGCGCGGCCGCCAGCGACCAGAUCCUCCCCGAGGCCGAGGUGCGCCUGGGCCAGACCGGCUUCAUGCAGCGCCAGUUCGGUGCCAUGCUGCAACCUGGGGUCAACAAAUUCUCCCUAAGGAUGUUCGGCAGUCAGAAAGCGGUGGAGCGUGAGCAGGAGAGGGUUAAGUCAGCCGGGUUUUGGAUUAUCCACCCCUACAGCGACUUCAGAUUUUACUGGGACCUGACGAUGCUGCUGCUGAUGGUGGGAAAUCUGAUCAUCAUUCCCGUGGGCAUCACCUUCUUCAAGGAUGAGAACACCACACCCUGGAUCGUCUUCAACGUGGUGUCAGAUACAUUCUUCCUCAUUGACUUGGUCCUCAACUUCCGCACAGGCAUCGUGGUGGAGGACAACACAGAAAUCAUCCUUGACCCACAGCGCAUUAAGAUGAAGUACUUGAAAAGCUGGUUUGUGGUGGAUUUCAUCUCCUCCAUCCCCGUGGACUACAUCUUCCUUAUUGUGGAGACUCGCAUCGACUCGGAGGUCUACAAGACUGCGCGGGCUCUGCGCAUCGUCCGCUUCACCAAGAUCCUCAGCCUCCUGCGCCUCUUGCGGCUUUCCCGCCUCAUUCGAUAUAUUCAUCAGUGGGAAGAGAUCUUCCACAUGACCUAUGACCUGGCCAGCGCUGUGGUGCGCAUCGUGAACCUCAUUGGCAUGAUGCUCCUGCUCUGCCAUUGGGACGGCUGCCUGCAGUUCCUGGUGCCCAUGCUGCAGGACUUCCCCCAUGACUGCUGGGUGUCCAUCAAUGGCAUGGUGAAUAACUCCUGGGGGAAGCAGUAUUCCUACGCCCUCUUCAAGGCCAUGAGCCACAUGCUGUGUAUCGGGUAUGGACGGCAGGCCCCUGUGGGCAUGUCUGACGUCUGGCUCACCAUGCUCAGCAUGAUUGUGGGGGCCACUUGCUACGCCAUGUUCAUCGGCCACGCCACGGCCCUCAUCCAAUCUCUGGACUCCUCCCGGCGCCAGUACCAGGAGAAGUAUAAACAGGUGGAACAGUAUAUGUCUUUCCACAAGCUCCCACCUGACACCCGGCAGCGCAUCCAUGACUACUAUGAACACCGCUACCAGGGCAAGAUGUUUGAUGAGGAAAGCAUCCUGGGUGAACUGAGUGAGCCACUGCGAGAGGAGAUCAUCAACUUUAACUGCCGGAAGCUGGUGGCCUCCAUGCCACUGUUUGCCAAUGCAGACCCCAACUUCGUGACGUCCAUGCUGACCAAGUUGCGUUUUGAGGUCUUCCAGCCUGGGGAUUACAUCAUCCGUGAGGGCACCAUCGGCAAGAAGAUGUACUUCAUCCAGCAUGGCGUUGUCAGUGUGCUCACUAAAGGCAACAAGGAGACCAAGCUGGCUGAUGGCUCCUAUUUUGGAGAGAUCUGCUUGCUGACCCGGGGUCGGCGCACAGCCAGCGUGAGGGCGGAUACUUACUGCCGCCUCUACUCACUGAGCGUGGACAACUUUAAUGAGGUGCUGGAGGAAUAUCCCAUGAUGCGGAGGGCCUUUGAGACUGUUGCGCUGGACCGCCUGGACCGCAUAGGCAAGAAGAACUCCAUCCUCCUCCACAAGGUGCAGCACGACCUCAAUUCAGGUGUUUUCAACUACCAGGAGAACGAGAUCAUCCAGCAGAUCGUGCGGCAUGACCGAGAGAUGGCUCACUGCGCGCACCGAGUCCAGGCUGCUGCCUCAGCCACCCCAACCCCCACGCCUGUCAUAUGGACCCCGCUGAUCCAGGCACCGCUGCAGGCUGCUGCUGCCACUACGUCGGUGGCCAUAGCCCUCACACACCACCCUCGCCUGCCUGCCGCCAUCUUCCGGCCCCCUCCGGGACCUGGAUUGGGCAACCUUGGGGCUGGACAGACACCAAGGCACCCAAGGAGGCUGCAGUCCCUGAUCCCUUCGGCGCUGGGCUCUGCUUCGCCAGCCAGCAGCCCGUCACAGGUGGACACGCCAUCAUCAUCUUCCUUCCACAUCCAACAGCUGGCUGGAUUCUCUGCACCUCCUGGAUUGAGCCCUCUCUUGCCCUCCUCCAGCUCUUCCCCACCUCCAGGGGCCUGCGGUUCCCCAUCAGCUCCCACACCAUCCACCUCCGCAGCUGCUGCCACCACAGCUGGGUUCGGCCACUUUCACAAGGCACUAGGCGGCUCCUUGUCAUCCUCUGACUCCCCGCUGCUCACCCCACUGCAGCCAGGCACUCGUUCCCCACAGGCUGCCCAGCUGCCACCCCCACAGCCUGGGGCCCGAGGCGGCCUGGGACUCUUGGAGCACUUCUUGCCGCCCCCGCCCUCCUCUAGGUCACCAUCGUCCAGCCCUGGGCAGCUGGGCCAGCCUCCUGGAGAGUUGUCCCCAGGUCUGGCAGCUGGUCCACCAAGUACACCAGAGACACCCCCACGGCCUGAACGGCCAUCCUUCAUGGCAGGGGCCUCUGGGGGUGCUUCUCCUGUAGCCUUUACCCCCCGAGGGGGCCUAAGUCCUCCGGGCCACAGCCCGGGCCCCCCCAGAACUUUUCCAAGUGCCCCACCCCGGGCCUCUGGCUCCCAUGGUUCCCUGCUCUUGCCACCCGCAUCCAGCCCUCCGCCUCCCCAGGUUCCCCAGCGCAGGGGCACGCCACCCCUCACCCCCGGCCGCCUCACACAGGACCUGAAGCUCAUCUCAGCCUCCCAGCCAGCUCUCCCCCAGGAUGGGGCACAGACUCUCCGCCGGGCCUCCCCUCACUCCUCAGGGGAGUCAGUGGCUGCCUUCUCCCUCUUCCCCAGAGCUGGGGGUGGCAGCGGGAGCAGCGGGGGCCUUGGGCCUCCUGGGAGGCCCUAUGGUGCCAUCCCAGGCCAACAUGUCACUUUGCCUCGGAAGACAUCCUCAGGUUCUUUGCCGCCCCCACUUUCUUUGUUUGGGGCAAGAGCCGCCUCUCCUGGAGGGCCCCCUCUGACUGCUGUACCCCAGAGGGAACCUGGGGCUAGGUCUGAGCUAGUGCCCUCCAAACUGCCGUCUAAUCUAUGAGCUGGGCCCUCCCUCUGUCUUCUUUUUCUCCUCCCUCCUUUCUUCCUUCAGGUUUAACUGUGAUUAGGAAAUAUACCAAUAACAAUAAUAACCAUUUAAAAAAUACCCCCAGAAAAACAAAAAAGACAGCAGACAAUAACCAGGUAUUCUUAGAGCUAUAGAUUUUUGGUCACUUGCUUUUAUAGACUAUUUUAAUACUCAGCACUAGAGGGAGGGGGAGGGAGGGAGGGAGGGAGGGGGGCAAGCAGCAAGGCCCAAAGGCAACAGCCAAAGGAAGGCAGGCAGGGUCUCUGAGGGGCAGGGCAGGGGUGGGGUGACCCAUGUUCAGGGUCCUGUCAUGGUAUUGUUCUUUAGAAGAAGAGCUCGUCAGUCCCUUGGCUGUGAACUUGGAGCCACUCUGCUGGGGGCUGCCCUAGGGUGUGUUCCCAGGAGCCUCCUGCGUUGGAGUCCCUGGGACACACAGGGCCCUUGAGGGCCUUGCAUUUUUUUUUUUCUACUGUAAACGUAGCAAGAUAUGUAUAUGAAUAUGUAUAUGUAUGUAAGAUGUGUCUAUGUAUAGCUAUGUAGUGCUCUAUAGAGCUGUGUAGAUUAUCAGCUCCCACGUGCGCACAUGCGUGUGCAGUCUAGUUUAACCCCACGUUGCCAGGACACCCAGAUCACCUUACAUCAGCAAUCUGCUGUGGCCUGCAGGCUGGGCACUGUGGGCUCUGUGGGACGUUCUCUCUCCCGGUCCUCAGGGAGAGGACCCCUGGAGCCAUGCAGCAGACCCUCUUUGCCCAUCUCUGGGCUGCAACCCAGUUCUAGUCCAACCUCUCGUCCUAUGGAAGGGGAAGACCCCAGGCUGAGCCUUUCACCUCCCAGGGCCUCAAGCACACCUGACACCUCUGUGGCCCUCAGUUUCUCCAGCUGUACAAUGAGAGGUGAGGGGAACGUCUAUUUAUUGAGUCUGUUCCGUGCCAAGCACUGGUUACACGUACCCACAGACUGUGAGGUGGGUACUUUGUUUUUUCCCAUUUCACGGGUGAGGAGACUGAGGUCGCUUUUCCAGGAUCACGUAGCCAGGAGUGGCAGAGCUGGGCUGCGCUGAGCUGCAGAUCAACGCUUCCCUAAGGCUAAAGUCUGUACUCCUCCCAGCAGAAAACAGUGUUUCGUAGAGCCCUGAUGUUUAGUCCCUAAGCAAAGCGCAGAAGGAAGAGAUGGAAGCUUGUUGGCAGUCAGGCUUCAGUUCAAAUCCCAGCUCUGCCACUUCUUAGCUGUGUGGCCUUGGGCAAGUUACCUGACCUUUCUGUUCCCUCAUAAGAAUAACUAUGGAACUGCCUCCCAAUGACCAGUGAGAACCAGAUGAGAAAAAGGCAUGAGAUGCCCAGCCUAGUGCCUGGCACACAGCAUAGUAGGUGCUCAAUAAAUCAUGUUUCUUCACCCCUCCUCAUAAAACUCAGCCCACUGCUCCAGUGAACUAUGGCGAGAGCCCAGGGAACUUUAGCUGAGGGCUCCAAGACUUAAAAUCUCAGGACUCAGGAGGUGGCUGGGCCUCCGUCAUGGCCAGAGGAAGGUGCAUGGCCAGUGGUGGGCUUGAACCAGGCCUUGAGAUGUGGGAAGAGUGGGAGAGA